AUGUAUUUGGAGAACAGAACGGUCCGCGUCCAACUUUGGAUACUGCUGGCCAGAAACGAUUUCGAUCGCUUAUUCCUUCAUACAUCCGAGAUUCAACAGUGGCUGUAGUGGUGUACGGCAUCACGAAUGCGAACUCAUUCCAUCAAACGUCAAAAUGGAUAAACGACGUUCGUACCGAAGAAGACAACGACGCUAUCACCAUGUUAGUUGGAAAUAAAACCGAUUUAGGAAACAGAAGACAAGUCUCUACUAAAGAAGGCCAAGGAAAACCCAAGGAACUCAACGUCAUGUUCAUUGAAACGUCGGUGAAAGCGGGUUACAAUGUAAAACAGCUCUUCCGUUGUAUUGCGGGCGCUUUGCCGGGUAUCACAGAAAUUAUAAGAAGCAUUAAUGACAUUAACCAACCUACUACUAAAAUAUUGGGCCUUUAG